AUGGCAUCCAAGCGAUCUCUAGUGUCUCGAAACGGGCAUCUCCGUCUGCUGACGGGGCCGAAGCCGCCCGUCCUCUCAUCAGUAUGCCCAUUCUGUUCGCUUUCUCCAGCAUCUCGAGCAGCCAAGACUCGAUCAAGGCCCGGUCUCAAGUCUCAAAGGUGGCAAUCGACCUCAACAGCUGCAGUGCACGCCUCAUCGAAUGCUCGAAAUGAACUUGAAAAGACCCUUUUGGAGCUGCAAAAGAAAAUCCCGGGGUUGGUGAAUCUCUCGAGGCUGCAAUUGGCGCUCCAGGGACUGCGACAGGUGCCUGGGCAGGAAGCGAUACGAGUUGCAAUUCUAGGAGUUGCCAACGGCUCGGAAGGCAUAGAUGCAGCGCGAAAAGUUCUGAAAGCGCUCAUUGUGGAUCCAUUGGUUGAUGAGCAAGAUUGGGAAAAGAGGCUUGAUGAGCACGACACCACCAGGCCGUUGAUUAUUCGGGUUGGCCCAAGCCAAGGCCAGGUUACUCGCUUGGAAUCAUCCAAGGAGAACUUGCCGGAUGUGUUGGAGGUUUCUUCUGCAGAACUGAAUGGACUCAACCUGGAGCUCCUUCUAAUGGAUGUGGAAGUGCCUGUCAACGGAUCAGGCCUAGCUACUGUUCAAUCGCUUGAGGAGGCUGUCCUAGUCCCAACAGUUGCUACCGAUGAACACGCUACGUCCAUGAUCACUCCUGUCCAUCAGGCACUCUUGGUGGCCGAUGGACUAAUUGGAGCUGUCGGGAUCUCUGGGCUACCCGUAUUGGACUGCGGCGAUGCCAUCACUGCCGCUGUUAACCUAAAGGGGUUCUCAAAGGAACAGCUGGGAGCCAAUUUCACAGUAAUCGAUACCUCGUUGGCGGAAGAAGCCAUCAACCUAUUCCGCCAAGGCCCCCAGAAUGCCAUGGCGUACGAACAUCGCUGGUCUGCGAGCAACCUGGGCCUGUUGGUUGCAUGGCUCAAAGCCGGCCUCAAAGCCGCUGACGAUGAAGCGACCAAACCAGCGGUUCGAAAACUCAUUGCUUCAGUUCUACAAGGUGCCCUUUCUGCGAUUGAGACUGAGUCCACGAGCAGGAAAAUGUCGCGCGAGUUGUCGCACGCAAUGAUCAACCCUGAAAUGCGUGUUAUGAAUGAGAGGCUUUCAAAAUGGGCCCAGAAUGCACACACCGAGCUGCAAGAGCAGCUUGACUUGGCUUUCUCCGGACGCCGCUGGAAAAAAUUGGGAUGGUGGAAGCUGUUUUGGCGCGUGGACGAUGUUGCGAUGCUAACAAACGAGAUCUUGAGCCAACGUUUCUUGCCCACAUCGGAGCAGGAGCUGGUCUAUCUCACUGGACGGAUUGCCCAACUUCAAGGCGAAGCUGGACAAUAUUCGCAGCCUGUAUCCUCCCGCGAAAUUGUUUCAGAGAGCUCGUCAGCUAGGUCUGCCAAGAACGAACCGGUGAUUCCCAUUGCUCCUCGAUCACAUCUUCCCAAGUGGCCAGGACACAUUGCGUUUACGAGGCGCUACAUUCAGAAUGAGACCGUCCCUGCUCUUCAGUCACUAGCUCAGCGACUGGUUAUCCAGUCUAUUGGCACGUCAUCCGUCACAUCGUGUCUGGCAGCAUUGCUGUACGUAUCAUCAUUCUCAUCAACGAUAUUUGAGGCCGGUGCUGUAGCAGCUCUCGGUGUUGUAUACAGCCUUGGCCGAAUGCAGAAGAAGUGGGAGACUGCUCGCGAGUUUUGGGAGGGCGAAGUUCGAGAGGAAGGUCGCAAGGCCAUCAGAGCCGCAGAAGAGAGCGCCGGCGAGGUUCUCGAUGGAGUGCAACAAGAUAAGCUGUCGGCUCAGAGAAUCAAAGAGCUGGAGCAUGCUAGUGAAUUGGUGGCCAAAGCGGAAGACGCGCUGGCACGGCUAAAAUAGACAUUGAGAUUGUGUACGAAUAUGGAUAGGAAUAGACUUUGUACGAGUAUGGGAAGGCAAUUGAGCCCUAUGACACAUGUAUAUCUAGAUGUUUUGCUCUAGAAACGAAGCCCAAAAGUUUGAGCCUCG